AUGUCGACACGCACGACUCGAUCGUCGGCAGCGAGCUCCUCUCAAAAAGACGACUCGAUUCUGGAGUUGAUGUCACCGGAAGGAUCGUCAAGCUCCCCAUCAGCACCAAACACACCAGCAGCCUCCGGUGGAUUCAGUACUGAUAGAAAGAAGGCGACACAUUUGAGGUGUGAGAGACAACGAAGGGAGGCGAUUAAUAGUGGCUACAACGAGCUGAAAGAUCUGAUACCACAGACGACCACGUCAUUGGGAUGUAAAACGACGAAUGCGGCGAUUUUAUUUCGAGCCUGCGACUUCAUGGCCCAACUAAAGUCCGACAUCACCGACUCGGACAAACAACUGAAUCAACUCAACGCCCAAGCGGCCGCCCUUGAAAUGAUCGCCUCGGAAUACGAACAAAUGGCGUCGGCAGUGCCAGACUCCUCCCAAUCGACGAUUCAAGUCAAAAUGCUUCAAUUACUUCUAGACGAUUGUUUCAAUUCUUUCUCCUCUACUGUUGAUUUUACCACGUAUGCAACGAUUACCAGAACUCUGUUGUCAUGGGUAGAAUCGUUGGCCCCUAAUAGUGAACCAUUCAAAUCGACGGCCGGAAAAAUGGUCACAAUGCCAUUCACCUCGCCGUGA